AUUUAUCAUUAGGGACUCGAACUCCGGAGAGUGAUGUUGCAGAUUUAUUUCAUGCUGUUGCCAAGUUUUUUGGUGGACCCGAAGUGGACCCGAACAACCUUGCAUCUGGCCCUAUCAUGAGGGGACUACCUAACAACCUUGCAUCUGGCUUUAUCAUUAGGGGACUACCUAGGUUUGGUAGUCAUGUCUUUCUGAGAUCGGCAGCUUCAAAGCAUAUUUUUGAAGCAGAGGCAUUGCAUUUACUUAAUCAUCUUAAGACAAC